UGGACUGUCAAAUAUCAACGGCUUUAUCAACCUGGCAAAAGCCGUUCUUGAUAUGAGUAAACCGCCCACAGUUCUUGUGAUCCCUUAUGGGUUCAAUGAAAAUCAGUUUGCCGAGAAUUCCGCGAAAUCCUUUUGCAACUUUGGAGACGGAGGGGUAGGAGGAAGCAGCGAAGGAAACAACCACUGUACCGCAUCUGUCCCGACAUUCCCGGCUACCUGUCCUUAUGUGACUGUUGUUGGUGGCACCCAACAAUUCUCACCCGAAGUUAGUGCAUCUUUCUCGGCUGGUGGUUUCUCCAACUACGUUGGCCGUCCUAGUUAUCAGAAUAACGCGGUAUCCGCUUAUUUACAGAGGCAGGGCGGAGCGCAUGUAGGACGAUAUAAUCCCAACGGACGUGCAUACCCUGAUGUCUCUGCUCAAGCAGCAAACAUCGUUGAGGUAAAGGGCGAGCGGGGAAUUUUGGUGCAGUCAAUGUCUGCUGCUGCUAUGAUUUUUGCAUCUACCAUUUCCCUACUGAACGGGGAACUCAUCACUGCAGGCAGAAGAACAAUGGAAUUUUUGAACCCGUGGCUCUACUCCAAUCCGGGCGUAUUGAACGAUAUUACCAGUGGCUCAAACCCUGGUUGUAACACCCCUGGGUUUCCUGCCACGCCUGGAUGGGAUGCUGUUACCAGGCUUGGGUCUCCGAGCUAUCAAAGGAUGAAAGCGUCGCUGGGGCUUUAG